CAGAACAACCAAUGAGUCUGAACUGCUCCGAUGAGAACCGGACCGAGUCUGGCUUCACCUCCAAACUCACCCCAGCCGCGGACAUAUGCGUGGGCCUGGCCAUCCUGUCUGUGGUUUUUCUCUCUGUUCUGGGCAACGGACUGGUUCUGGCGAUCUGUUACCGCAGGAGGGAGAAGUUGUGCGGUUCCGAGCUCCUGUGCGCCAACCUGGCUGUGGUCGACUUCUUCUGCUGCGUCUUCUUCUACCCGUUCCCCAUCGUGUCGUCCUUUAACCAUGUGUGGCUCGGCGAAAACAUCACCUGUGUUUACUACGGCCUUGGAUGCUUCAUCUUCGGCCUGUGUGGCAUGUUCACCAUCACCGCCAUCAGCGUCAUCCGCUACCUGAAGACCUGCAUGGUUUACUCCGUGUGGUUGGAAGACGCCAACAUCCGGCUCAUUUGCGCUGCCGUCUGGUUGGUUUCUACCGUGUGGUCCUCUUUCCCUCUGUUUGGCUGGGGCGAGUACGUCCCUGAGCCUUAUGGCCUGUCCUGCACCGUGGCCUGGAGGGGCUACCACACCUCAGCAAAGGACGCCUUCUAUGUCAUCUGCUCCUUCGCCUUCUUCACCCUGGUUCCCGUCAUCCUCAUCGUGGUGUCCCAGUGUCUAAUCCUCUACAAGGUGUCCCGCUUCUCCUACUUGCUGUCAGCCAGAGGGAUCCGCAACAAACUGCGCUACACUGAAAAACGACUCUCCAUGAUGUUCUUUUGCAUCAGUCUGGGUUUCAUAAUCGCCUGGGCUCCGUACACCGUGGUCUCCUUCCUCUUCAUCUUUCAUAAGGAUCACAGGUACAUGGCUCCUGAGGGAUUUGUUUUCCCUGCUCUUUUUGCCAAAAGCUCCCAUGUCUACAACCCCUUCAUCUACUUCUACUUCAAUAAGACUUUCAAACGGGAGCUGCGCAGCCUGAUUGCGUCCUUUUGCCCCAAGUUAGGGGGAAACCGAGUCGGGGCCCAUAUCUCCAAGAGCAACCAAGCCCCUCAUCCCAUCCACAUCCAGCUGCAGGAGAGGAACAGAGCCGGGUCUCGGCACAAACACAAAAACAGUAGCAAAAGCAAAGAGCUGGUCAUCAGCAACAACCACGGCAGGCAGGUGUACGUCUGCUGGGGGUCCACACCCAAGAUGGUGGCCUCGUCCAGGGGGCACAGACCCGAGGACAAAUCCCAGUCUGUGUCUUUAUGAACUCUGUUUCCAUCGCACUCUGCUGCAAAACAACUACAAUCUCACUGUUGUAGAGAUUUACUUACACUUUUGCACCAGCACAAAACCCACAUUUGGUGAUGAAAAACGUUGUCGUAUCACAGUGUGUCUGUGUUAGUAGA